AUGAGUAAGAGGAUAUGCGAUCUUCCACCGGAAGUGGUAGGGGACAAGAUACUCGCCAAGGUUCCUAUAACAUCUUUGGCAGCAGUGCGAUCCACUAGCAAAUUAUGGCACGCGUUAUCCAAAGAUUGGAUUGUGGGUAAAGCAGCAGCAUCAAGGCAGAAUUUUUUGGGGUUCAUGACGAUGGAUUCCAAGGUUUGUUCAGUCAGAUUCCAUCUCCGCCGCAAGGAAGAAGAAGACUCGGUUGAUUUAUCUAUAAAGCAGGUAGCUUUACUUGAUCAAGUCGAGGUAUCUACAGUAUUUCACUGCGGCGGCUUAUUGUUAUGCGUCCUCAAGGACAACUCGAGGCUCUUGGCGUGGAACCCUUAUUUGGGGCAAACAAGGUGGAUAGGACCCAAUACAAGUUUCCACAGACUAGACAGGUAUGCUCUGGGAUACGACAUCGACCGUAACCACCACAAAAUCUUGAGGUUUGUGGAUAAUUGCAUCCAUUCAAUACACUAUUUCGGGUUCGAGAUCUAUGACUUUGGGUCUAAUUCAUGGAGGGUUCUAGACGUCAGACCCGACUGGGAGGUAGAAUUCUAUCAGCGUGGCGUGUCUUUGAAGGGAAAUGCUUAG